AAUGGAAAAAAAGGCAAGAAAAAGCAAAAAAAAAGACAAAGAUGGUGAUGAUGGUUGAAGUAACGGCAAAAGAUACCAUGUGUAUACAAAAAAAAAAUUCAUCAUCAAAUUCGUUACACUAUAGCUGUAUAUCGUGAUGCAAAUGUAUGUAUGUGUGUGUAUGUUGCUGUGAUUUCACCAUUAUCAUUGCCAAUUCAAUCAACUCAAAUGAUCCUUAUUGUUGGCUGAAUUUAAUUGAAGAAAUUUUCUAAUUUUCUAUUCGGUAAUAGUGGUAAAUGAUAUUGGCGGCGAUAACGUUUUCGUUUGCAUAAAUAUAUCAUCUUCUUUUGUUGAAUCACAAUCCUCUAGUAAUUAAUAUCAUCCAUAUUAACAACCAUAUACAACCAAAUAGCAACAGUUGUGUUGAUACUUAUCACUGUAUACCAGUUACCAAAAAAAAAAAAAAAAAAAAAAAUCCAUGCUCAAUAUCCAUGAACAGAUGUAUGAUUUUCAAUCCAAAAAAUUUACAAAAAAAAACAACUAAAUCCCAACUAAAGAGUUGAUAGAACAAAAUGCCAAAAGUGUGAAAAGAGAAAGAAAGCAAACGACAACGGCAAAUUUUUUUCAUUUUAUUUCUUCAAAGUCAUUCGUUAUUAUUAUUUAUAUUUUCUUGUGUGUGUUUGCCUCGACUUUUCUAUCUGACCAAACUUAUUAUUUUAUUAUAUAUAUAUAGAAAGAAAAUUUGGACCUAGUCCAGUUCUUUUUAUUGUCCACAUUCGAAUCUUUUUUUUCUUUUAUUCACUGUGAUUCAUUUUCUAUUGUAUUUUAUAAUUGUGUUUCAAUGUCCAUUUAAUCUGGAUUCGAACAACAAACAAAAAUAAUGACUUCAACGCAGAAAACGAUCGACCAUUCUAAUUCAACAACAACAACAACAACAUCAUGCUACAAUUCAAGUUGUACAAACAACUAUGGAUAAUGAAGAGGAUAAUCCAUUUCGUCCUGGUUCGGAAUUAAGCCGUGAAGCGGACAUUAUUGUCAAUCUGAUUAAAGAAGGAAAACCAAUCACACCAACUGGUGAUAUAAUUAGUGCCAACAAUUCUAAUGUUGCCGCUGUCAAUGAUAGCCAAACACCACAAAAACAACAAGAAAGUUUGACCAAAAAACAACAAUUUCAAACUCAAACCAUUUUAGUCAAUAAAGGUGAUGAAAAAGAUGGUUCAAAUAAAACCAACAACAAUAAAUGCAGCAACAGCAAUAAUAAUGGUAAUAUUGAACCGGGACAAGUUGAAAUUCAACAUGGAAUUAUUGUUGCAAAUAAUGAUAAUAUGCCAACAGUUGAACAGAUCAAUCUGAAAAAGAAACUUAAGACCCCCCAACAACCAAAAAAAAAAAUGAUUAUUUGUUUGGAUCCUGACUCAUCAUUGCUGAUAUAUUCAUAUUCAUGUUGUUUACAAAAAAAAAAUGUGUCAAAUCGAAAUUUGCCCAUUUUGUAUUGAUCAUCUAAUCAUCAUUUACAAUCUUCAAUACCAAACAAGGCUUAAAUCUAAAAAAUAUCAACUUUAACGAUGUCAUCAUCAUCAUCAUCUUUUUAUGUUAUCUCACGACGAAGUCGUGCACUUUUUCUGUUUUGGUAUACGCCCUUGCUAACAACAAACAUCAUCUUCAUCAUCAAUCAAUCAAUCAAUCAAACAAGACAGUGUGUGUGUGUUUAUGUAUGUAAUUUGAAUGAAUGUACUAAUAACGAACCAACUUAUAGUAAGAAAUUGGAGCUUCUUCUUAAAUAUAAGAUCCUUAAAUGAAAAAAAAAAUCUUGAACAGUCCUAAUAUCCUGUAUCCAAAUAGAUUUGCUUAUAUGGAAUAUACAACUAAAAUUAAGCAACAAAAAAAAAUUCAAUUUCAUCCAUCUUUGAUCAUCAUCAUCAUCAUUUUAUUUUUGUUUUGUUUGGUUUGGUUUUUUACCACCAUUCAUUCAUUCAUUCAAUUGAAGUAUGGCGAUAAUUUUCAAUUUCACAUACAACACACUUGUCAGCGGUUAUAUUAUGUGUUGAUUUCAUCAUUUUGUUUGACAUUUUUUUUUGUUGUUUCAUUUGAUUCAUGUCAUGAUUUUUUUUUAAUUAUUA